CCCUUAGACAUCAAAUCAUCAUACCAAGACCCAAAUCAGAAGCUAUCCUAUCUCAACCUACGAUUGCGAUCUCCGACCAUCGCCCGAAACGGCUGCGUUUGCUACUGCUACGACUGCUGCUGCUGCACGACGAGACAACCACACGACACACGGAGGGUCACGAUUACACUGCAUAGGAGAGGAUAUGAUAGGAUAGUGCAGGCGGUACGACAGGAUCGAUCGAUCGCGAGGUUGACAGGCGCGAGAUUCGCUGGGGGGCGAGAGCACACGAUAUUUCACCCUGGACGACCAAACACACGCGAUACCACCACCACCCACAACCACAACCACGACCACCACGACCACCACACCUCCUCCAUACCAGCAGCACCCAGCACCCCUCCCCCACACCAUGUAAAUGCCCCCCCUCUUCUCCUUCAGCGAGGGCCGCGAGCCCGCCGGCCCAGACAGCACACCCCUCCUCGGCCGCUUCAGGGCCGUCCCCGGUCCCAGUCUGGGGAAGAAAAAGAGUAAAGGGGAGUUCUUUGGGAGUGUGGGGUAUGGGUCGUUGUUUCGGUCGAGGAGCGAGGAGGAGGGUGUUGGAAGGGGGGAUGGGGGGAGGGGUGAUGGGGGACGGGGGGGUGCGGAGGGCGAUGGGGGGUGGAAACUUUGGGAGGGGGUGAGGGAUGUUUGGGUGCAGCCGAAGGGGGAGGUUGUGGGAUGGGUGUUGGGGUGGUGGAUUGCGAGGUGGGUUGUUGUGGUGGGGUUGCCGGCGGGGAUUGCUGUGGCGUGGUGUGCGAUUCCGUUUCCGCAGUAUGCGUUGCCGGGAAAUGGAGGGGAGGAGGAUGGAGAUGCAGAUGGACAUCGGGUGCCGGGCCAUGGACAGGCGAGGGUGCUGGUUAAUUUCUGGUUCUUCCUGUUUGUGUAUUAUGGGUUCUAUAACUUCACGGCCUUGAUGUGGAUCACAAAGGUGUUUAACAUCUACAGUCUAAACUGGUGGCCCCAAUCCCUCGGCUUCCCCCUAACCGUCUCCACCAUCGCCGCCCUCUCCAUCGCCGCCCCCAUCCCACUCUACUACAUCCCCACCGCCCGCGCCUACCUCCACUACAACACCGUCUGGAUCCUCUGGACCUUCAUCACAAUGGCCAUGCCCGUCGCCGUGGCCUUCGCCAUCCUCACCUCCCACGAGCGCCACCUCUCCCUCCGCAACUCUCUCUCCGACACCCAGCGCCUCUUCACCACCUCCUGGUGGGCCGGGGACGUCGAAUCCGACACCCUCGCUAGACGGGACCGGCGGCGUCCCCAGGCGCUGCUUGCGAAUUUCGAUCCGGAUGCGCCGCUGGCGAUUGAUAAUGCGGAGGCGAUGCCGCCGAGGGCGGGGUUAGGGAUGAGGAAGUUGUGGAUCCCGGCGAGUUUUGUGAGGUUUAUGUGGUUUUGUGCUACAUUGUCUAUUGCGCUGUUGGCGUAUGUGUUGGGGGAGACGUAUGCCGAGAUUUAUUUGCGGACGCUGCCGCAUGACAGUAUGGAGACGAUUGUGUAUGUGUAUAGUUGGGUUGUUACGAUUCACCUACUUGACGGGCUGACAGGGUGGAUACUCGGAAGCGACGACGGGGAACGCGUGAGUAGCUACCCCUUGGGAUGGGUAUUCAAACUCUACUUCUCCCUAACCUACCAAACCUACGUGCGCGCCCUAUACGCGCGCCUCCGCUCCCCCCAACAAUUCAUGCUCCUCCAACUCCUCAGCUCCACAACCCUCAUCAUCAUCCAUCCCCUCACCAUGUCCAGCACCUACCACUCCCUCCUCGGCCUCCUGCGCCUAAACACGCAAUCCUACACCACCUACGCGCGCUUCUGCCGUCGGACCCUGUUCAUCCGGUCCCUCGCCGAGAACGCCAGCAUGGCGGCCUUCCUGGGCCAGAUCCUCGUCCUGCACUACGGCGCUAAUAGAGACGCGUACCCGUACUUCGCGUUUGAUGGCGCGGAGGGCGGGGAUGCGGAGGGUCUGUACGAUUUUGAUCGUACGCUGUGGCUGGCGGCGGUGACGUGGGGGUGUGAGAUUGUGGCGGCGUGGGUGGUGAGGAGGGUGGUGAAAGGGUUGUUUGGGAAGGAGGUUGCGGGGGAGGGGUGGAGGGAUUUGAGGAGGUGGCCGGAGUUGUUGCCGACUAGUGCGGUGGUUAUGGUGCAUGUUUUGCAGAAUAUGUUGUUUGGGAUUAUUAGGAUUAGGUUUAAGGAGCCUUAG